GAGGCAGUAGACGAUUGGUUCAUCUUGUUCAGGUGACAGGAAGGUCUGGCAGAUUUUUUUCUGCAUAAUCAUCGUCUGAUGGGUGGAGCUCCUUCAAAACUUUCACACCUCAAAUCUACAGGUACAGUGUAGACCGCAUUUAAUACCACAGAUCCGUUUUGAUCAUCUUGCUCAUCAAAAAUGUCUUUCUUCAAGGAUUUUUUCAAAAAUAUCAUUCAUGACAGAAACCCCGAGGAAGAUAAUAUUAAAGUUAAGGGAAAAGUGAUGCCUGUGUUUUACGGAACAGUGGCCCCAUACCCAGAUUUCAGUGCAAGCAAAGAUGCUGCAGUUCUGCAGAGCGCCAUUGAAAGUAAAGGUGUGGAUGAGGAUGUGAUCAUUUCAGUCUUGGUCAAAAGAAACAAUGAACAGAGACAGAAGAUUAAAGCUGUUUUUGAGGCUUCCACUGGCCAGUCGUUGAAUCGUGCUCUCAAGCGUGCGCUGAGGUCCGAUUUAGAGGAUAUCUGUCUGGCCUUAUUGAUGCCGCCAGCCCACUACGAUGCCUACCUGAUCAGAGAUGCAACAAAGAGACUGGGCACUGAUGAAGAUGUCCUAGUGGAGGUUCUGGUAACCAGGUCAAAUGAAGAGAUCAGACAGUUAAAGAGAGUCUAUAAAGAAGAGUACGGAGAUGAACUAGAGGAUGUUAUCAAGGAUGAAACGAAGGGUGAUUUUACCAGAGCCCUUCUGGCUAUGUUGAAAGCAAACAAAGAUGAGAACACAGAAGUUGACAUGAGUCAGGCUCAAAAGGAUGCAGAGACUCUGUUUGAAGCUGGUGAGAAUUCAAAAGGAAUCGACGUCUCUGCUUUCAUAGACAUCCUGACUACACGCAGUGGACCUCAACUCUCCAAAACAUUCCAGAGAUACGCCUGUGUCAGUGACGUGACGCUACCUAAAGCUCUGAACGUAGAGCUGAGGGGAGACAUUGAAGACUGCCUCCUCAACAUUGUGAAAUGUGCAUGGAGCACACCAGCAUUCUUUGCUGAGAAGCUUCACCGAGCUAUGGAGCGCCAUGGAACAUGUGAAGAUACACUGAUUAGGGUGCUGGUGAGCCGCUCCGAGGUUGACCUGAAGAAGAUCUUGGAAGAAUACAGGGCCAUGUAUGACUCAACGCUACAGGAGGACAUACUGAAAGACACGAAACAUCAUUUUGAGAACAUCCUUCUUAAACUCUGUGGACCCCACUGAGAAACCACUUCACUGAAAGUCAGAUGUCUCUCAUGUUUAAAUUGGUGGACAUCACAAUCAUUACUAUUUUAUUUAGUUGAUGCUCUCUUACUGGAUGAACACCAAUCAUGGUGGACACAACAUAAUUUUACCUGCAGCGUGUUUGAUUUUGUUGCAAGUGAUUUAAAAAAUAAACGUGAUAAGUGGCACCACA